UUUUAAUGAUGGCUAAAUUGGAAGACACCGCAUAUAAUUUACUUCCUGGUUUCUUUUAUUUGAAACCAAUCAUGCAUAUUAACUGCAGGCAUUAAAGGGAAUUCUCAGUAGAAUAUUCUUUAGCCAUGAGAGGCAAUGUUUUUAUGUGAUGUAUGAACUGUAAAACGAAAUACCUACAAGAUGAGGAUUGGGUUGGUGUUCUUUUUUCUUUUGCAAGGAACUUACGGCAGCUAUUACGACCCGGAACCUUGUACAUCAGACAAUACCUCCAUUGUAGUACAUAGUUUAGAUACAUCGUGUGUCUUUCUACACGAAAUCUCCAAAGACGCCAAUCUUUGGAUUCGACCUCAGCUGUUGGAUGGUCGACCACUUGUACCCUCGAACAAAUGUUCAUGUACUUUUUGUCCUUCAUUCUUAAAUGACACACUUCCAACCAAUGGAACAGAGGACACGUACAUUUUUGCAGAAUGUUACGGAUCUUAUUAUAUGAAGCUCAGAAAAUGUGACGGCUUUUUUGUAUUUUACGUGGAUUACUCAAUGAUAUACUUCUAUUCUAUUUUCCUGGGUGAAACGAUUUGCCUAGCGCCAUAUGGAGGUUCUUGCAAAAAACAAGAAGACUCUAUUGAAAUUGAUGGUGCCCUUGAUUUGUGUCCUGAAGUGAGAAGUUUUCACGAAGAAACAGAGGACAAAGCGGCCAUGGAGGCGGUCUUUAAGUGUCUAUUCCAGCCUAUACCUGGAAAUAUAUUAUACGACGUCCAGUGGUAUAUCGACGGAACUCUGCUAAAUAACGCCAAAUUUACAGGGGUCAGUUACAUCAAUAUCAAUGACACGGCGCUCCUUCCAAAGCAUUGGGCCAACAACUUUACCAUGAGUUUCCGGGUAUCAUGUGCAGUAAAAGCAUACAAUACAACCUCUGGUGUCAAAGGGGAAUUUAUCGAAAGUUAUUCAUUCUUUGCAGGCAUCAAGCCGGCUCAGCUGAGGUAUUUAGUGUCUGAGGGAGAAACAGUUGAAAUAAUUCUGGAGGCUACAGUGCCCUUUAGUUGUCCAUCUACUCUAAGUGACGCUAUGAAAGCCUCCUUCUGUAGGUUCCAAUUCUAUAUUUGGAACCCGGGGGAGGGGCAGUGUGUUAACGGCCUUUCUAGCAAAGGAUUGGCUUUCAAGGAUAACCCUUGUGGAGUCACAUUUGGAUAUAGAGACAAAACGAUAUCUAUCAAUGUCACUGGUUAUAUUGACGGAAUGAUCAAUUCUAGAGACAGGAAAUCCACGUUGAGAAUUGGUUCCACAAGAAAUCCACUGGACGCAUCAGGAAUUUGGGAUGGGGUGAAAAUCCCUGACAUUAUGAUUACCGUGAAAGACAAAGACUGGUUGGUCUCUGGUAGAUAUUGUGCUUCCUACACGGAUCCUCAUCAAAGAACUUUUGAUGGGACGUACUUCUCCAACCAACGAGCUGGGGAGUUCUUGUUGUACAGACAUAAAUACUUGCCUUUUACGGUACAUGUUUUGUAUUCUGUGUGUGUGUGGGGACGCGCCACGUGUAACUGUGGCAUUGCCAUAAGAAGUGGCGGAAGUCUCUUCUCUGUCCGCACUUGCGAAGAAGUAUCGACAACUUGGACCAAGACUUUGGCAAUACCAGAUGAAAAAACAAUAAUUUGUAAAGACGACGAUCUAAGAAUUCACAAGUCUUGACGAUAUUACGUGGUAACGUUUCCGAGCGGAACAGUUGUGUCAUUUUCUAUUUCUUCGUGGAGUAACUGGGUCGGUAGAAUUCUACUUAAAGCCUCAGUCUCAGAUUUCGGGAAAACAGAGGGAUUGUGUGGACUUUUCAAUGGUAACGCGACAGAUGACUUCAUUCCUAAGCAUGGGGAAAAUGAAACAGAUGAAGAUAGUUUUGUAGAAUCCUGGAGGAAAGUUCGAUAUCUUAAGUCUAUUUUAAUUCGAUAGAUUCUCUAAUUACCUCUUUAUUGUUGAGCAAUACUUCUAUAUAUCAAACUGCUUAUA